AUUGUCUUUAUUAUCUCUCUUGAAAAAAUAAUGAAUGUGGUUUGAAUAAAGAUAUAUAUCAGGAACCUUUGCGCCGGUAAUUUGCGCUGGUAGAGCCGCAAUAGUUGGUGAACUCGGGCUACGUCACUUCCACUGACAACAAUGGCGGCCAAAACAGUUAUGGAAAAGGGAACCUCUGUUAUGGAGCCGCUGAAGGGAGUUCUGCUCACAUACUUCAUGCCAGAAUCAUGUUACGACUCUUUCUUCUUAGAUUUCAACUUUCUAGAUGUGCCAUGUCUGAAGAUAGUUCUCAGCAAAGGGUUAGGCAUCGGAAUCAUCCUGGGAUCACUGAUGGUAAAGUUACCCCAGAUUCUGAAGCUCAUGGGGGCGAAGAGUGCAGAGGGGAUCAGCUUCCACUCUGUGCUGCUGGAACUGCUGGCCAUCACGGGCACCAUGGCCUACAGCAUCAGCAACAAUUUCCCCUUCAGUGCCUGGGGCGAGGCGCUCUUCCUCAUGUUGCAGACCGUCGCCAUUGGUUUCCUGAUUCAGCACUAUGGCGGGAAAACCGCGAGAGGCCUCCUCUUCGGGGCGGUGUACCUCAGCGUGCUGGCGGCGGUGCUCUCCCCCGCCAUGCCCGCGUCCAUGGUGACGACCAUGCAGGCCUCCAACGUGCCUGCCGUCAUCAUCGGAAGGUUGCUCCAGGCCGCCACUAACUACCGCAACGGACACACCGGACAGCUGUCGGCCAUCUCGGUCUUCCUGCUCUUCGCCGGAUCCCUCGCCCGCAUCUUCACCUCCAUCCAGGAAACCGGAGACAACCUGAUGGCUCUUACCUAUGUCAUAUCCUCUACCUGCAACGGCAUCCUCGCCCUCCAGUUGAUCUACUACUGGAACAGCGGCUCCAAGCAGAAGAAGAAGAGCGAGUAGGAAGUGGCAGGAAGUGGCAGGAAGUGACCCUACUGGAGAGGGGAGAUGGGGGGGGGGGGAUUCCAUCACCUUUGAUGCGUGGGUCUCAGACUAUUCAUUUGUCUGGUGGGGCGUGUUUGUUAGAGGUGAUUAUAUCAAGCUUUGCUGUAGACACACAAAAACACACACGCACACACAUACUGAAGGCUAGUACGGGUUUUUAAUUGACAUGGCAAACAGGUCUUUGGUCUGAGGUUUUUUAUUUGACUUCCGCCUGAACACACUUGCAUGCCUGUGAUCCAGAUUGACUUCUGGUUCAAUGUGGUCCGAGGCAUGGAGAGAGACCAUCCCUUAAUGUCUCAAAGGGCAAGUCCACACCAGGGACCUUGAUGUUUUGAGUUGGCUCUCGUGCAAAGUGACGCAUUCCAAGGGUGUCCAUUCCAGUUCACCACAAUCCCAGGUUACUACAGUCCCUUCCAACGUAUUAUUAUAUUAGUUGUAGUAUUUUUUUGCAGAGAUUAUCAUUUUACUGUCAUCCACUAGUGGACCUUUCAUUGAGUGUUGUUCAAGCCGGUCUCUUAUCCAUGUCACACAGAACUGAUUUGAUCUAAAAAUGUGAAGGGGGUUAUUUGAGUGAGUGUGUUUUUUCUGGGACAGGACUUUCGAUUUAGUUAUUGUUUUAAUGCUAAUUUGCACUCUGUUGCAUGAAAACAAUGUGGCACCCGUGUGUGAGCUGGUGGAAGUGUGUGUGUGUGUGUGUGUGUGUGUGUGUGUGUGUGUGUGUGUGUGUGUGUGUGUGUGUGUGUGUGUGUGUGUGUGUGUGUGUGUGUGUGUGUGUGUGUGUGGACCAAAAAACGUGUUCAACCAUUGAUAAGAAAUAUUCUCUCGACACAACGGUGCAAACUGUAGCUCAUACGGUUAACGGUUUGAUUAAUUGAUUAAACAGACAAUGAAUCAAAUGGAGACGGCCCUAUAAGUUGUAGCAAUAGAAUAAAGUUUGUAUAGGAUUGAUGUAAUAAUUUUUCAAUCGCUGCUGUUCCAUAUGCUGAAAUGAAAAAAGAUGAUUCUAAAACAGUUGAUUAAUCCCAUACACUAGAUACAUUGUGAAAUGUAUUUGAACAUAUUCUAAAAAUGGCAUGCAUGAUACAUUUGGGAAAAGGGUUUGGGUGUCUUGAGCUACUGUGGACUAUGUUGCCGUUUAAGAUACAUUUAUUAUUUUGUUUCAUGUUCACUUAUUAAAAAAAGAUAUGUGCUGAUGGAAAUA